AUGGCCUCGACCGAAGAGCCCAUCACUCCUGCCGCCGACGUGGUCGAAGAUGCUCCUCCGGCUACCCCGGUGGAUUCCACCAUCUUGUCUGGUGAAGAAUCCAAAUCGGAAGUGAAGUCGAGUCCGGAAGCCAGCAAGGAGAAUGCCUCUCCUGCCAAGAAGUCCACAACGUCAACUGCGUCCAAACGCCCCUUGUCCAGUUCUACCUCUGCCAAACGGCCUGGAAGUUCGACUACGACAUCCACCACCAGGCCUGGGACGUCCGCGAGCCGCACGUCCACCAGUGGUAGUACCUUGAACAAACCCCCCACGCGACCUUCCACUACCUCCUCAACGGCGCGCAAGCCCGGAUCGACCACUACAACCACAACCCCGACACACCGUUCCAGGGCUUCUAUCAGCAGCUCCGCGGAUGAAAAGACCAAGUCCGUUGCUAGUUCUGGCGAUGAAAAGAAGAGUGUGUCGAGUUCAGCCAAGCGCAUGUCCCUCGCUGGCACUCCAUCCACGCGGGCUCCUACCAAGCCGGCUUCCUCGACGGCGGAUCGCAGAUCCAGUGUGAUCGGCGCCCCGGGCGAGAAGAAGCCUGCCACGACGGCUCGGCCUAGCACCACGGCCAAAUCUCCCACGUCCACUACUCGUCCGACAGCGACUUCAAGCACACGGACGACUACCCGUCCGCCGUCAACGGGGGCUGCGAAACCCGCGACCACAUCGACGGACGCGAAGGUCACGGACCUGGAGGGGAAGCUCGCCGACAGUGAAGCGACUAUUGCGGGCCUUAAAGCAGAACUGGAGGCCGCGCAGGAGAAGCUGGCCAACUUCAGCGUGUCUGGAGGAGAACAACCGUCCGACCUAGAAACUGCGACGGAAGCCAUUCGCGCCGAACACGCAUCGAAGAUCGACCAAUUGGUAGCUGAACACGCCCAGGAACUCCAGGCGCUGCAGGCGAAACUGGACGAGGCCGAAGCCAAACGGAAAGAGAUCGAGGAAAAGGCUUUGCAGGAUCUUGAAGAGGCGAAGAAGUCUGCCGUUGACCAGAAUGAUAGCAAGACGGCGGAAUUGCUGGAGGAGCUCAAGGCGUCCCAUCAGGCCGAGCUGGAGAAGCUGCAGAAGGAGCUGGCUGAGGAGAAAGCGGCCGCUGCUGAGGCUGCCGAGAAGGUUGAUCGUUUGACGGAGGAGCUCAACGCUCAAAAGGCUGCUUUGGAAGAGGCAUCCAAGGCCGCCCAGGAGAAAGAAGCAGCUGCUCUGGAGAAGCACGGCGACGAAGUCAGCCAGCUGGAAAGGGAACUCAGUGGUCGUGAGCAGGUCAUUGAGAAUCUCAAGGGUGAACUCCAAAAGCUGGCGGAUGCCAAGGACGAGGAGAUCGCUGCUGAACGAAAUUCUGCUUCUGCUCUGGAGGCGAAGGUGGCGGAAUUGGAGUCCAAAUUGACUGAGGCUCAAUCUGCCUCCCAGAAGGGCACGGACAAAGCCAACCAGCAGUUGGCCGAGAAGGACAAUGAAAUCGCCGAACUCAAUCAAGUCCUCGAGGCGAUGAAGAAUGAGAUCUACGAUCUUAAGACAAAAGCAAACGCGGCUGAGGAGAAGGUGAAGGAGCUAGAAGUCUCGCACGAAGAGAAACUUGCUAGCUUGAAAGCAGAACACGAUUCCGCAACUGCCACACUAACCGCGAACCACGCUCAGGAAUUAGCUGAAGCAAAGGAAGCCGCCGAGACCGCGAGUAAGCAAGUUCAGGAGCUUCGCGACGCUCUAGACAGCUCUGCCGCAGCAUCCAAGAAGGAACUCGAGGAUGCCGUGAACGAACUCAAGUCUGCUCACGCUGCAGAGUUGCAGGCUCUCCAGGAGAAACUCGAUGCUUCCGAGCAGGCCUUGGCGGAUGCCAAGCGCUCUUUGGAAGAGAGUGCCAGCGCAGCCCAGGAGAGUGCUACCCAGGAGAUUGAGUCUCUUAAGGAAAAGAUCGCCUCUCUGGAGGCCAAGCAGGCGGCGGAUGCAAACACCAUCAAGUCUCUUGAAGGCGACCUUCAGGCGAAGCAAGAGCAAGUGGAAUUACUCCAGCAAAGCUUGUCGUCUCUCGAGAGCAGUAACCAGGCCAAAGUCGAUGAAUACGAGGCUUCCUUGAAGAAACUUCAAGAGGAAGCUGAGGCAGCGGCCAAGGCACUCGAAGAGAAGUCCCAGGAGGCUAGCAAGGCUGCCGAAGAGCAUUCACAAGCUCUCGAGGCUUUGAAAGCCGAACAUGCUGCGGAGCUGGAGAAGGUGAAGAGUGAGCUUAUCGCCGAGCACGAGCAAGCUCUCCAGGCUCUUCAGUCCAAGUAUGAUGAGGUUGUUUCGUCCCGAGGAGAUCUGGAGUCAAUACACGCUGAAAAGAUCGAAGCCCUUCAAAAUGAGCUCAAAGCUGCCCAGGAGGACAGCGCCGCCAAGGCUGCCUCCCUGACGGAAUCUCACGAGAGGGCAAUUGAAGCCUUGAACAAGCAGGCCGAGGAAGCCCAAGCCAAACUGAAGGCCGAGUUGGAGAACACCCACACGGCCAAGGUUAGUGAGCUUGAGGCCGACCACAGCAAAGCCAUUGAGGAACUCUUGACUGCGCACGAAGAGAAGCUGUCGAAUCUCCGAAAGGACCUUGAAGCGUCGAACCAGGAGAAACUCAAUGCUCUCCAGGCGUCUCACGACGCAGCCCUGGCUGAGCUCAACGAGCAGCUCAGCCAAGCGAAGGCGGCUGCGGCCGAUACCUCGGCUGUCGACGCACUGAAGAAGCAGGUCGCCGAAUUGGAAGAGAAGCUGGCAGCCACAGAGGAGAAGGCCAAGGCUUCUGCACAGGAGCUGGUUGACAAGCACGAUGCAGAGCUGUCCAAGGCUCAGCAAGAGAAGGCAGAGCUGGAGGAGAAGUACAACACGGCAACUACUCAGCUGGACGAAGCGCAGAAGUCCCUGGCUGAUUACGAGAACACCAAAUCGGAGCUGGAGAAGGUGUCGAACCAGUUGUCCGCCGUUCAGGACGAAUUGAACCAGCUCAAAUCCACCCAUGAGAAAGUGACCAACGAGUUGGAGUUGGUGAAGGCCCACAACCAGGCCAUGGAGGAAAAGCUCUCGAAGGGAGAGAAGGAGCUCAACGAGCAAAUCGGCAAGAACAUGUCGCUCUUGACUCAGCUGACCGAGGUUGACUCGUCCAUCUCGUCCAGUCGGAAGCGGGUUCGCGAACUCGAGGCCGAACUUGCGGCUCUCAAAGAGGCAAAGCCCAAGAAUGGCCUGGAGGCAAGCAGGUGGGCGACUACAAAUGAGGACGGAGAGACAGCUGCGGAAGGUGAGGAUCUUGGUCCUUCGAUUGAGGGAACGGUGGGCUAG